AUGCCUAUUAAAAGAUCUAAAACAAACACAAUGAUAACAAUAUUGGCAUUCGUUUUUGUUUUAUUUCAAUGCAAAAAAAUAGACACACUUCAGAUAUUUGUGGAAGAAAUGCAAAUUAUAACACUUCAAUGCUCACCCCUUAUUUCUUUAACUUAUUCUGUGGAUGUGUAUUUUGUCAUGAAUACCUCAGAAAACAAAGUAUACUCUUGUUCAAGCGCAGGCAAGAUUGCAACUAUGUCAUGUAUUAGUAAUUUGAAUGGAAGUGUUGCUGAAUUCAAUGCCAGUGGUUCUUACUUCCAAUGGAAUUCAACAGAUUUAAAAUUAAAACGAUCACUCAAAGGAGUAAAAUGUUAUUUUACAAACAAUAAUGGUACUCCAUUCUUUUCUAAUGAUGUUGCAGUUGUGGCCAAAGCACGAGGGGUUCAAUGUUUUGAUUCAAUAUUAAGCAAUAGCAACAAAAAUAUUUCUAUUACCUGCAUGACAUCCAAAAUAUAUCCAGCUGCUAUUUGUACUUUUAAUAAUAGUCGUAUCUUCGACUGUGUUUCAGAGCACCCUACAAUCGUAGAGGAUGUGUUCUACUGUGUCGUCUUCCAGGUGACAGUAUCGACAUCUGGGAUGAUGAUUCUCUCGGAUCCUAACGAAGUAGGCUCUUAUCAGACAGUGUCUAUUCGAAAUCUUGCUAAAAUUGCCUGA